CUUUCUCGUUCAGAUUUUACUUUAGAACCCCCGUUUUCAAAAACCCUAAUCUGUUAACUCACCCCUCCUUGCUCGAACGAACUGCAAAACCAAAUCGUUCAACUUAUGAUCUAUGGCAAAUGCGAUGAAUGAAAAUAGAGGAGAAGCUGACAAAACCCUUACAUUCACGAAACAACCUUAUGUCGUAGAUGUUGGCCCCCGAAGGAUCAAGGACGUUAAAUUCUCAAUGUUUUCUGGCGAGGAUGUUCUCAAACUGGGGGAAGUUCAGGUUUCUCGUUCCCAAUAUUAUGUGAGUCAAGAGGACAAAAGGCCUGUUGAUAAUGGUGUGUUGGAUGCGCACAUGGGUCCUACAAACAAGCUCGGUACAUGUGAGACAUGCCAUGGGGAUUUUCAUAGUUGCCCUGGUCACUUUGGCUACCUGCCACUUGUGCUGCCAGUUUAUAAUGUUGGAUAUAUGUCUCAUGUUGUGGACAUUUUGAAGUGCAUAUGCAAGUUUUGUUCCUGCAUACUGUUGGUGGAGACAGAACGUGUAAACUUCUUAAAGAGGAUCAGAAAUUCAAAUUUGGACCAUUUGAGGAAGACUGGAAUUUAUAAGCAGGUAGUUAAAAGGUGUACCGCUAUGGCAAGUAGUAAGAAGGUGGUGAUAUGCUCAAGAUGUCAUUAUGUAAAUGGCACAGUGAAAAAGGCUGUGGGAACAGUAGGAGUCAUACAUGAUCGAAGCAAAGUUCAAAAUACUACCUCAAAUGAGUUCGAUGAUACUAUUUACCUGAAGGGGUCGAAUACACCUGCCAAAUUGUCACCUUCUGUAGGCCCUGACAAAGCUCUUAAGCUUUUUAAGAAGAUGCUGGAUGAGGAUUGUGAAUUGCUUUAUCUUGCUGAUAGACCUGAGAAGCUCAUUAUAUCCAUCAUUCCCGUGCCUCCUAUAUGUAUUCGUCCUUCUGUCCCAGUUGCUGGUGGAGCAAUGAGCAAUGAGAAUGACAUUACAUUGAGAUUGGCAGAAAUUAUAAGAGCCAAUGCAUCUGUUCAUGAGGCGUUAUCAGGAGCAAGUGUCCAUAACAAAAGCUUGGGUGUUUUAUGGGAUAAUCUGCAACUUAGUGUUGCACAAUAUGUAAACAGUGAUGUCCGUGUAUCAGAUUCAUCUCAGCAGAAUGGAAAACGAAUUACUGGUCUUGUUCAACGCCAAAAAGGCAAGCAGGGGCGUAUUCGGAAAAACUUAUCUGGGAAACGUGUUGAGUAUACUGGAAGGACAGUUAUCUCCCCUGACCCUAAUCUAAAGAUUACAGAGGUUGGAGUUCCUAUCAAAGUGGCUAUGACUUUAAGUUACCCUGAGCGUGUUUCAGAUCACAAUAUAGAGAGACUGAAGCGUGCUAUCCGUAAUGGAACUUAUGUAUACCCUGGUGCAAACCAUUUAAGAAAGUCAAAUGGUAGCAUCAUGUCAUUGCGUUUUAAUGCUAGAAAGCGUUUGGCUGAGGAGUUGAAACUUGGUGACAUAGUUGAUCGCCAUUUAAAAGAUGGUGAUAUUGUCCUCUUUAAUAGACAACCCAGUUUGCAUCGUAUGUCAAUGAUGUCUCAUAGGGCAAAGAUUAAGCAUUGGAACACGUUUAGCUUCAAUGAAUCUGUUUGCAAUCCUUACAAUGCUGAUUUUGAUGGUGAUGAGAUGAAUAUUCAUGUUCCACAAACAGAAGAGGCUCGAACAGAGGCUCUUAUGCUAAUGGGGGUGCAACACAAUUUAUGCACACCAAAGAAUGGGGAGAUUUUGGUUGCAUCCACUCAAGAUUUUUUGACAACUUCUUUUCUUAUAACAAGGAAGGACACGUUCUAUGAUCGUGCUUUGUUUGCACUUAUCUGUUGUUAUAUGGGUGAUGCAAACGAUCCCAUUGAUUUGCCAACACCUGCUAUUCGUAAGCCAAUAGAGCUUUGGACUGGUUAA